AUGUCUGCACCAACUUCGAUGCUGACAAAUACUUGCCCCUACCCGUUCAACCCGUUGCAAAUCAACGGAACACAGGCACCAAACACCACAGUCUGUCCACACGGUUGCUAUUGUGCAUACUGCAGAAUUUUUGACAAACAUUUAUUGUCCUUUCGACAUGAAGUUUACUGCAAUAAGAGACCAUAUACUCAUAUUCCUUCAGCAUCGAUUCCAGUGGAUGUAAGUGGUUUAUUCAUGAACCAAAAUUAUAUUGCUGGCAUCAGCAAUGAUAGCCUGGUGCACUUCACCCAGCUACAAAAAUUGUAUUUGAAUUACAAUAGCUUAUUAUCAUCUGAGAUGGAUGAUCAUAUAUUUGAUAACCAAGUUAACUUGAAAUUGUUGCAUCUGGAUUACAAUCGUGGAUUAAUUAACAUUCGCAAAAGUUGGUUUCUUAAGUUGGUAUCCUUAAUAUCUUUAUCCAUUGAGCAUUCGGUUGUUAAGACUCUAGAAAAGGGUUUGUUUGAGAAUUGUGUUCACCUUCAAACAAUCUCUCUUAACGGAAAUCAGAUAGCUAAACUCCCUAUCGAUCUAUUUCACAACCUUCGAUUUCUGAACAAUAUUAAUAUUAGGUCGAAUGACAUCGGUUUACUCCCUUCAUACCUAUUUCUUGGAUCACCGAACGUGAUGCGGUUUUUUGUGCAAAAAAACAAGGUGACAACAAUCAGUCAAAAAGUUGGAUUCCAAGAGUUGACCAAGUUAAUUGCUCUUGGAAUUCAGUACAAUCCAUUAGUUUGUGAUUGUAACCUGGUAUGGUUUCGUAACUGGAUUAACCAAACCAAUGCAACACUUGUGGAACUCGAGCACGCUACGUGUAAAAACAAGGAUGGAAUUAGUCUAGUUAGCUUUGAUGCAAAUUCUCUUAGAUGCUAUGGUAUUGCGAUAAUUACCGUCAUUAGUACCUGUAGUUCAGUAGUGUUCUUAGUCGUUGUAUCUAUAAUCAUAUACACGUUCCGGUGGGAUAUCAGAUACUGGAAUCAGCGGCGGUUGCUCCGACAACAAUACGAGAGGUUACAGAACGAGGGUCCACCACCAAUUGACGGCGUACAGGUUCGAUAUGACGCAUUCGUCUCCUACAACAGCAAAGACCGUGAUUGGGUACUUAAGUCAGCCUUACCGACACUGGAAGGUCCCGAGUUCAACUUUCGUCUUUGCGUUGACUUCCGGGAUUUUGUAGUCGGCGGAGCAAUCGCUGACAAUAUUUCUGAUGCUAUUAAGUACAGUCGCAAAAUGUUGAUUGUGGUCACCAAAAACUUUGCUAGGAGCGAAUGGUGUUACUUUGAAAUGGAAAUGGCCCGAACACGUAUGUUUGACGAUCACGAGGACAUUUUAGUGGUUGUAAUUUUAGAGCAUGUGGCUAGUAGGAAUAUGCCAACAUUGCUUCAGAAGAUCUUGAGAAAGAAGACCUACAUCGAAUGGACUGAAAAUCCAGAUGGUCAGAAGGUGUUUUGGACACGCUUGGCGGCGGCUUUGAAUACUCCGAAUGCUCACCACGACCGUCUAUUAAAUUGAGAUGUGCUAAAAUCCAGAAAACACUGUGCGAAGAUUAUUGAAUGCUAACGAUUUAGAUUAUGAAGUUGCUAGGAAUAGAAAAUUGUGGAAAAUGUUAUUUUGAUUUUCAAAAUAAGUUAAGUAUAUUAAUAUUUGUAUACGCAUAAGACUUGAUCAGAGUUUUUAAACUCAUG